GGCAGAGCAACUCGAAUAAAUCCAAGCAGUUUAUAGAAGUUUUUCAAACGUACAAGAUCGCCAGCCGGAAAUCAAUACACAAUGAAUUUUAUGCUGGUUGUAUUUAUGGCUUUGUUUGCCCUGUCAGCGGCUCAGUUUGGUGGACCCUUUGGUGGCUUUAUACGGGAGCUGGAGCAAUUUGAACAGCCUCGAGAACAACAGCAGCAGCAACAGCAGCAGCAGCAACAACAGAGCGGCUUUGGUGGUGGACAGCAGCAGCAGGAGCAACAGCAGGAGCAAGGUGUCAUCCUUAGGGGUCCCUUUGGCGGUAGUCUUGAAUUCUUUCAAGGACAACAGCAAGAGCAACAGCAACAGGGCGGAGGAGGAGGUCAACAGCAACAACAGCAACAACAGCAGCAGCAGCAGGAGAAUCUAUUCGAUCUUUUUGGUUGAGCUAGUCAUUCCUAAUGAUCAUAAACGUAGACAUAAAAACUAAAAUUACUUCUAAAAAAAUUACCACACAAAAUUCUAUUAUGUACUCGUAAAAAGCAGACGCAGACUGAGACUUGAGAUUGCCUGGCGAAUUGUUUGAUUAAUUUUUGUAUUACUACAUAGUUGAGAGCGUCGGAAUCCUAAUCAUUUUGACCACAAGUGGAGGCCAACAGCGGACUGUUAAUGAGAUUUCCAAGUACUUUUUUUUUUUAAUGUUCUUGAAAGUUUUUUUGUUUUUCUGGCAUUUUGGAAAGGUUAAAUAUUUCGAUCUAGAUUUGGCAAGA